UUGUGCAUUUCAACUUCGAACCGAACGGUAAGUUUUGUUAUUUAGGUGAAGUUAGGUAAAAUUAUGAAAUAUCUAAAUUUUAAGUAAGUAGAUUAAGUUAGUUGCAGUCAUAAAACUGUGGACUGAAAAUCCUGGAUUAGUUAGCCUAAGUUAUAUUUUCUUGUGGUUUGAUUUACUAAAUUAUAUUUGUGUUUCACUUAUGAAAAUUUUCCCAAAAAAUGUAUGUAUCUAGAUUCUCGAAAAUGUAGCCGUGUAUGUGAAAUAUGACCUUUUUGUAGGGCUCAAAAAACUUUACCUAAAAAGGAUGAUUUUUCGGAGAGCUCAAAAAUUGAGCAAGAAUUUUGUUUUUUUGGUGAUGACAAAUAUUUUUGAGAAACUUUUUGCGCUGUUUGUUUUGGUUACGAAAAAUUUAUUUGAACACAUUUUGAACACAUAUUUGAGGAAAUUCAGAAAAAUUGAAAACUUAACAGAUUUUUUUAAAGUUAAAUUUUGCUGUUCUAAAAAAUUUGAUUCAAAAUCUCAUUCUCUUUGGAAUUCCCUGAAAAAUCCCACCCAACUAGUAGAUCAAACUACCAACCUCUUCCUCAAAAGAAACCCGAAACUUUCCAAUAAUUUUUUCUUGUCUUCUAUUUUUUUCUCAUUCCAGAUCUAUCUAUACAUAUUCCUUACAUAUGUUAGUAACCCACACUUCUCAAAUUUCACAAUAUUUUUUUCACUCUGCGUUUUUUUUUUCUCAACUUCAGCUUGUUUGUUUUACUUUCCACAGAAAAUGUGAGUAUUAUUAUUAUUAUUAUUAUUUUGAUUAUUAUUCAGAACAAAACAAACAGGAAAGAAAAAUUGAUAAGAAAAGUUCAUUCGAGUUUUUAUUUCUUGCAAAAAUGACUGUUUGUUCCCGUCCAUGUUAUUGGACGAUUUAAACUUUUUGUUUAAGUUGUUCUUUAAAUAGAUUUUGCAUGACUAGUUUCUUUGCUCCUCCUUUGCUCCUAGUUACUCUUUGGCAUGUGCAAAUAUCGCCGCCUUUUUGACAUUUGACUUGAUAAUAUUCUCACAGAGUAUUUUCAUCACAACUUUUUUGUUAAUUCUCUGAACACUUUCUUUUUCAGAACAUUUUAUUUUUGGGAAAAAUAAUAAAAAUCAAAAUCACCUUUAUUUACACAGCAAAGAAAUUUUUAGUAUUCCCAACCAUCGAUAUAUUUAUUCAGUUUUUUGUUGAAUUUUUUUGACUUGUUUUCAUUUUUUUUUUGUUCAUAGAAUAGAUAGAUAUAUUGGAUUAAUAAUCCUCUCUAGGAUUACCUUUUUUCUUUCUAAAUAACUUCAGAUAACUUCAAAAUAUUAAUAAAAACUUUGGUCACAUUUUUGAUGAGAAGAUAUUAAAUUUCAUGACGAACCUAACAAUGCUCCAAAUAUUUUGUUUCAUUUUUUCCAGAAUUCGAAACAAAAAAUGCCGUUAGAUUAUCAAGAUGAACCAACAACUUCUUCGAAAAAUGGUAUUCCAAAUGGUGCGCUUACUGUAAGUUUAUUUGGUUUGAUAAUUAUAAAUUAAUGAUAGAUUUGUUUAGAUUCUUAUAAUCGCAGCAAUUGCAAUUGUAUCUGUUGUUAUUACAUUAUUUUGUAUGCUUGUGAAUAAUCGAAGAACAGUUCGACUUCGACAAAGACAACAGGUUAGCUAUUUUUUUUUUAUUUUGGAGGAUUUUGAAAUAGGGUCUUAGGUAGGAAAAGCUUUAGGCUAAGCCUAGGAAAAUUUCCGUAACCUGUAUUGGAAAAAUUUUUUAUACACUUGAUUUUUAGACCAACUUUUUUUGAAUAAAUCAAAUCAGAAAUGAAAUUUGCCUAGGAUCCACAUAAAAAAUUGCUGAUGUCUUACUAAAUUUUGAAAGAUUGUGAAAUACUGAUCUUAUUUUAUGACGUGGCACAGCGUCAGAAUUCCAACGAGAACCUCAACAAAUCUUUGAAUCGCUAUUAAUUUUUUGUCCAAAAUUUUAGAGGUUCUAAUUUGAAUUCUGAAAAUCUAAAACCAUUUUUUACAACGACUUCUCUAUAAUCUAUAAUAGAUUACACUUUUUUGUAUUUCUAGAUAUUCCUUUCAUUUUUUUUCAUUUCUUCUCAAAAUUUCUCCAAAAUAUACUGUAAUCAGGUACAUUUUGAGUGCAUUUGGGCAGGUCUGUUUAAGAUAAGAAUAUCAUUAUUAUGUAUGUUUUUAUUAGAUUUUGACGCCUUUUCGAACAAUUGAUGACAAUAAAACGAGGGUGUUGAAAACGAAAUGAUGUUUUGUUGAUCUUUGCCCAAAAUUUCAAAAUUUGGAAUUGAAUUUCGAUAAAAUAAAAUUGAAUAAACUCUGAUAGUCAGUACAUUUCAUCAUGCAAAAUAUCUUGCACCUAGGUAAUUUUCCUCGAAAAAAAAAAUCAAGCUGCGUUCAUUUUCGGUUUAAUCCUCUUAUAGUCAAAACUGUUCCAUUGAUAAGCAAUACAAAAAUCAAAGUUUCCAAAUAGUUUUUGAGAAAAUGAUGGUUUUAAAAAUAGUAACAAGCGGUUCGAGUGGCAAAGCAAAUAUAAGAGUUUUGUGGAAUUUUUUUUUGGAAACUUAAGUUUGUAACUAACAAUAUAAAUUUGGAAGAAAUGACGCAUUUUUGAUCCAACUUUUUCGCUUUCGAUUUUGCAGUGAACAACAAAAAAAAAGAAAUUUGACACUUCAAUGGCAGAAAAACCUGACCCAAAGUACUUUCAGAAUAGAUGACCAAUUUUUAUUUGAGGUGAUCUUUGGAAGCUUUUCAGAUUGGAAAUUUUAGAUUCCAAAACUCAAAUUUUCUAAAAUCCUGAAAAUAAUUUAUUGCUAUUUAUUUGUUGAAAAAACACUUUUCUAAAUCCCGAAAGAAUACUUCCUUUCCUAAUUUUUCCAAAUUUCAGAACGCAAGAUCUGGUGGAACAAUAGUCCGACUCUCUGCCACACCAUCUGCUCUUUCAUCUCCCAAUGAUCCAUCAACAAAUCGCCCCGUUGGUUUUCCACCAAUGUAUAUUUGCUCAAAUAUCGAUCCAAAAUUCGAUGCUCCACCAUCAUAUGAAGAUGCAGUUCGAGCAAUGAUUUCAAGCACUGAAGGUGUUCAACAAUUGAAUCCAGCAACAUCGAUUACAAUCGAAUCGACAUCAAAUGCAGCUGAAGCGGCUCGAAUUGAAGUUGAUCAAACACAUGUUCAAGUUCCAACAACUUCAAGUGCUGUGUAA